AGUAAACAAAUUACACCCAAAGCUUAAAAAUUGAAAAUGAAAAUGAAAAUAAAAAUCACAUAAAAAUUGAAAAAUAAAAGGAAAUUAAAAUAAAAACCACCUAUCAGUAGCUCCAAAUAUAAAGAAAGGACAAGCGUGAAACCCACUAUGAUAAAAUCUCUUUGUUCUGUUUUCGGAGUACUCUGAGUCUGAGUCUCUCUUUACAGAGAGAGAGAGAGAAAAGAGGCUAUGAAAUGUGAGAAUGAGGUCAACUUUUCUUUUCUCUUUUGUAUAAUGAGCAGAGCACUAAAUUAAACCUCUUCUUUCUCAGAAGAAGAAGAUGGCAAUACACCAACUUGAGCAUCAGCAGCAAAACCCAUCUUUGUUAUUAGAUUCUCUCUACUGUCAAGAAGAGAAAUGGGAAGAAGAAGAAGAAGAGAUAGAAAAAGAUAGCACAAACCCUUCUCUACUUCCUCUGUUUUUAUUGGAACAGGACUUGUUUUGGGAAGAUGAAGAGCUUCUCUCUCUCUUCUCCAAAGAACACCACACCCAUCUCCACUUUUCUGACCCUUCUCUCUUUUUGGCUCGCGGAGAGGCUGUGGAUUGGAUUCUCAAAGUCAAAGCCCGCCAUGGGUUCACACCUCUCACUGCUGUUCUUGCCAUCAAUUACCUUGAUAGGUUUCUUUUUAGCCUCCAUUUUCAGAGAGAUAAGCCAUGGAUGAUCCAACUUGUUGCUGUCACUUGUCUCUCUUUGGCUGCAAAAGUUGAAGAAACCCAAGUUCCCCUUCUUUUAGAUCUUCAAGUGGAGGACACAAAGUAUGUGUUCGAGGCCAAAACCAUUCAGAGAAUGGAGCUUCUAGUGUUGUCCACUCUUCAAUGGAGGAUGAAUCCAGUGACCCCACUAUCAUUUAUUGACCAUAUCACAAGAAGGCUUGGAUUGAAGACUCAAACCCAUUGGGAGUUUCUCAGGCGUUGUGAAGAUCUCAUCCUCUCUGUUGUCUCUGAUUCAAGAUUCGUACGUUAUCCACCUUCUGUUUUGGCUACUGCAACAAUGCUUCACGUGAUACAAGAAGUUGAGCCCUGCAACCCCAUUCAAUACCAAAACCAGCUCCUAGAUGUUCUCAAAAUUAGUAAGGAGAAAGUGGGCGAAUGCUGUAGGCUCAUUGUGGACUUAUCAAACACUUGUUUUUAUGACCAAAACAACCCUCACAAGCGAAAGUAUGAACAAAUUCCAGACAGCCCAAGUGGUGUAAUUGAUGCAUGUUUGAGCUGUGAUAGCUCAAAUGAUUCAUGGGUUGUUGGGUCACCAGUUUCUUCUUCUCCACAGCCUCUCCUAAAGAAAAGCAGAGCAAAGGAAAAGCAAAUGCUUUUGAUCUUUUGAUUUCUCUUCUCUCCACUAAUUGAGUACUAUAUAAAUUAGUAUGUUUAUUGUCUUUCACCUCUGUAAUUCCACUCUUAGAAGAGUUUGAUGGUUGCAGAGUCAGUUAAAAAUCAGUAGAGGCAGAGAAGCAAUGAAGAAUAUCUACUACUUUGUGUC